AUGGCUUCGGAACAGGAAAGACAAGACCCCGAGAAGAGAAAGGAGCUGGACGAGAAGGCAAGGAGGGGAGAGACUGUCGUCCCCGGUGGUACUGGUGGCCAUAGCCUCGAGGCUCAGGAGCACCUUGCUGAAGGGCGGAGCCGUGGAGGGCAGACGAGGAAGGAACAGAUAGGGGAAGAGGGAUACCAUGAAAUGGGAAAGAAAGGCGGGCUGAGCACCUCCGACAAGUCCGGAGGUGAGCGUGCUGCUGAGGAAGGCAUCAAGAUUGACGAGUCCAAGUACAAGACCAAGAAUCGCUGAUUUCGGAGCAACAUUGGUGGCUCCCAAAACCCCAGUUGGAUUUCGUUUUUUAGUGUUUCUAGCUACGUCAGUGUCUGUAACAUAAGUUGUAACAUUGGUAGUUUGCUUCUUUUUCUCUUGUAGUGUGACCGCCAACCUCAUUUAGGAAAUGCGAGC